AUGAUAGCAAGACUAACGCAGUUCCAGCGAUUUUGGAAAGCAAAAAGGGCCCGCAAACCGAAGCCUCCACUUUGGCUACGAAACGUCGACUUGCAACAAGCACUACACGAAUGCAUAAGAACAGUCCAGCGAAGGGAGUUUAAAGGAGAUAUUCAAAGGCUGAUCGCUGACAAUAGCGGGAUCGUGCGUGUAGGAGGUAGAUUGGAGCACGCCUUGCUGCCCUACGAAGCCAAACAUCCAGCCAUACUGCCGUUAGAUCAUCAACUCACAAGACUAAUUGUCGAAGAUCUGCAUGUAAAAUUUGGGCACGCUAAGACAGAAAGAUUGUACUACGAGACGCGAACAUGCUAUUGGAUUUUGAAAGGCAGAAGAGCAGCCAAACGCGCGGUAAGGAACUGCAUGCACUGCAAAAGGCAAUCCAGCACACGCGUUUACCCCAUUAUGGGACAACUGCCCAAGGAACGGUUAGCAUCAUGUGUACAUCCAUUUUCCAUUUCCAUUGAUUUUUUUGGACCUUAUUUCGUGAAUAUCAGUCAACGCAGUGAGAAAAGAUACGGUUGCUUAUUCACUUGUUUGGUAACGCGUGCAGUGAAUUUGGAAUUAACGGACAAGAUGGACAUGUGCUCAUUUUUGCUGGCAUUCAGGCGAUUCAUCGGCAGAAGAGGAACGCCGAAUACUGUGUUCAGUGACAAUGGAACAAACCUGACAUCUGGCCAAAGGGAGCUCCAAGAAGCGAAAAAACGGAUCAACAGCAUGGAAUUAAUAGACUGGCUGGCUAGAAGAGACAUACGCUGGAGAUUUUCCCCUCCUGCAGCACCACACCAUGGAGGAGCAUGGGAGCGCCUAAUAAAGGCAUUUAAAUCUUCCCUGAACGCGGUGUUAAACGAGAAAAGGGUGAGAGAAGAAAUCUUAAGGACAGUUUUCGUGGAAAUAGAAGCGUUAUUAAACGCCAGACCGCUCACACACCUCAGUGUUAACCCACAGGAUCUCAGCCCCCUUACACCAAACCACUUUCUCCUUCUACGCCCACAUCCCCACGUCCCACCAGAUAUAGUGGAAGGUGACAGUACGUUAUCCAGGAGAAAUUGGAUCGCGGCCCAACAAAUUGUCACUCAAUAUUGGUGGCGUUGGCUAAAGGAAUAUGCACCCAACCUCAUCGAGAGCAAGAAAUGGAUGAAGAUGGAAAGAAACAUACAAUUGGGAGACGUCGUAUUGGUCAUCGAUCACAAUACGCCAAGGUAG